CGCGGGGGAAGAGAGAGGAGAGCUGAGCCGGGGCCCGGGGGCGACUGCCGGCGAGGUGUGAGGAGCAGGUGGGCCUAAGCCGGGCUCGGGCCGCAGCAGCUGUUCCCGACGCUCGGCUUGGGGGCCGAGGAGAGCCGGGGCGGAGGCAGGAGCAGGGCCGCGCACGGGCGCGGGGGCGCACGCGCGCGCUAGCGGGCACGAGGUUCUUGGCGGCUGCGUGCGCACGGCCGGCCGGUCUCGCGGGCUCUCGAGCCCCGGCGUCUUCGCCCCCGGCCCCCGGGGGAUGAGUCCGCAGACCACCGGCGGCCCCAGUCCAGCAGAGACGCUGCCGUGGCAACUGUGCCGAGUCGUUUCCUCCUCCUCUUCCCAGCCCGGGCCGGACGCGUACCCCCCAGGCUGCCUUCUCCAGGGCUCCGCUGGCAGGCAGAAUCAAGACUGUUUUCAUGUACUGGCCCUUGUUUUAAGAACACAGGUUGGUCUGACUUCUACAAAUGGAGAACUCAAAGGAUUUAUAGAUCAGAACCUGAGUCCAACAAAAGGUAACAUUUCACUUGUUGCAUUUCCAGUUUCCAGCACCAAUUCAACAACAAAGAUUUUACCAAAAACCUUAGGACCAAUAAAUGUGAAUGUUGGACCCCAAAUGAUUAUAAGCACACCACAAAGACUAGCCAGUUCUGGGAGUGUUCUGAUUGGGAAUCCUUAUAGCCCUGCACCAGCAAUGGUCACUCAGACACAUGUGACAGAAGCCACUGGCUGGGUUCCAGGGGAUCGAAAACGUGCUAGAGAGUUUAUAGACACUGGUUUUUCAGAAAGUAAAAGAAGCAAAAAAGGAGAUAAAAAUGGAAAAGGCUUGAGACAUUUUUCCAUGAAAGUAUGUGAAAAAGUUCAACGCAAAGGAACAACUUCCUAUAAUGAAGUGGCUGAUGAGCUGGUAUCAGAGUUUACCAAUUCAAAUAAUCAUUUGGCAACAGAUUCACAGGCUUAUGAUCAGAAGAAUAUUAGACGAAGAGUUUAUGAUGCCCUCAAUGUGCUAAUGGCAAUGAACAUUAUUUCAAAGGAAAAAAAAGAAAUCAAAUGGAUUGGACUUCCCACAAAUUCAGCUCAAGAAUGUCAAAACCUAGAGAUAGAGAAGCAAAGGCGAAUAGAACGGAUAAAGCAGAAGAGGGCUCAACUGCAGGAGCUACUACUGCAGCAAAUAGCUUUUAAAAAUCUGGUACAAAGGAAUCGGCAGAAUGAACAGCAGAACCAGGGCCCACCAGCUCUGAACUCCACGAUACAACUGCCUUUUAUAAUCGUCAACACAAGCAAAAGAACUGUCAUAGACUGCAGCAUUUCAAGUGACAAGUUUGAGUAUCUUUUUAAUUUUGACAAUACUUUUGAGAUCCACGAUGAUAUAGAGGUGUUGAAGCGAAUGGGAAUGUCUUUUGGCCUGGAAACAGGCAAGUGUUCACUCGAGGACCUGAGAGUUGCUAAAUCAUUGGUGCCAAAGGCUUUAGAAGGUUAUAUCACUGAUAUGUCUACAGGACCUUCAUGGUUGAAUCAGGGGCUACUUCUGAAUUCAACCCAGUCAAUUCCAAAUUCAGAUAUGACCAGUGGUACCACUUUAUCGCAAUCAAGUGUAAACCAAGGGUUUUGUUUGGAUGCUGAAGUGGCCUUAGCAACUGGGCAUUUCCUUGCCCCAAGCAGUCAGCAGUCCAGCAGUGCAACAUCCCACUACUCAGAGUCCCGAGGCGAGACCCCCUGCUCUUUCAACGAUGAGGACGAAGACGAAGACGAUGAGGAUCCCUCAUCCCCAGAAUAAAGACAGUAGAAAAGCUAAAUUUUA